CAGAUGGUAGGACCAGAAAGCCUCAUCGCUAUAGACCAGGAACUAUAGCUUUAUGUGAAAUCCACCAGUACCAAAAGCAUACUGGAUUAUUGAUAAGAAAAUUGCCUUUCCAACGUUUAGUAAAAGAAAUUGCUCAAAACAUAAAACCUGGUUUUCGUUUCCAGUCAAGUUCCAUUGGUGCUUUGCAAGAAGCUUCUGAAUCAUAUUUAGUUUCUUUAUUUGAUGACACAAAUUUAGCAGCUAUUCAUGCUAAAAGAGUCACAAUACAACCAAGGGAUAUGCAACUUGCAUGUCAUAUAC